CUCAGCUCCGCAGCCGCUGUAAAAGAGGCCCUCGCCGCCGCCUACGCGAAAUCGUGAAUGGCAUCAUCGUCGUGCCGUUGCACGCUCCUCCUGAAUCGCCCGAUCCUCCUCCAUCAUCGUCCCUCCAAAGCUCGCGGAUUCUCUCCCGCUUCCGUCCCGCUCCACCUCCUUCGCAAACCCUGCGAUCUCCGUUCGCGGAUUCGCUGCGCUUCGGGUCCGCCAUCUUCCUCCUCCUCGCCGCCGUCGCCGUCGCCGUCGCCGUCGAUGGAAGCUCCUCCCGAAGGCUACCGGCCGAACGUCGGCAUCUGCCUCGUCAAUUCCUCCAAGAAGAUUUUCGCUGCUUCGAGGCUUGAUGUCCGCGACGCCUGGCAAAUGCCGCAGGGUGGGAUUGAUGAGGGCGAAGAUCCGAGACGUGCAGCCAUGAGGGAACUAAGAGAAGAGACGGGAGUCUCGUCGGCUGAAAUUCUGGCAGAGGUUCCUUACUGGUUGACAUAUGACUUUCCUCCGGAUGUUAGGGAAAAACUCAAAAUCCAGUGGGGAUCAGACUGGAAAGGCCAAGCACAGAAGUGGUUAGUUCACCCACUUUCAAUUCCCUUACCCCUCCUCCGCCCGUUCCCUCCCCUCUCUCCCUAGAAGACCCAUAGAAGAUGCUUGUGGCACAAUAGAGGAAGAGUGUAGAGGGCUCUAGCAUUUGAGUUGGGGCUUUAGUAUUCAGCUCAUUCGAAGUUGUUACUUCUGUAGUUUAUUCAAAUUGUAUCUGUAAUUCAUUAGAGAAGAGGUUAAAUAUGAUUUUUAACCGAGAGAUAGGGAGAUUUUUUGGUCAAUUAUGUGAAGCUUAGUUGAAGUCUGUAAAAGAGGAUGGAUAACAUGACUUUCCCGAAUAUAAUUAUCUUUUGCAAAUCAAAGGUCUAAGUUGAUCAUGUGUGAUAUAUUUCAACUUUAGUACUCGUAUUUCAAAUUAAGUAUAAAUCCCAGAUAGAGAAGUGUAAUUAUUGCAAUUUCAGAAGACGCCGUAUAGCGCGCUUUCAGUCAAAUAGCUUUCUUUUGCAAUUUUUUUUUUAUCAUGGUUAUUAUAAAGAGGUCCUCUCAUGGUAUUGGCAUAUCCGAAGUUUCAGAGUCAAACGGUGGAUCCAUGUCAUUCAGAGUCCACAUUUUACCUUUCCUUGAAACAGCAUUAUGACGCUUUAGGUCUGACUUCAAGGAUGCUCUAUUCUGUAUCAGUUGAUUUUCCCACAGUCGCAUCUGGGAAGAAUUAACGCGGAAUUCCUUUUCUCUUGAAAUUGAUUGCAUCUGAGAUUACCUUUUUGUUGUCUUAGUAUUGUCGAAUGCCCAACAUGUUCUGGGCAAGGAUUGUGUUGCACCUGUUUUGAUUUUCAGAAUUAGACUAGAAGUUGGUUUUCUGUAUCUCUCAUUUCACACUGCCAUAUCAUUCAGAUUAAAACUUUA